CACCUGUGAGCUGGUGGUAUUGGCGUAUGAGUGCCUGUCAGUUCCAACUAAUUUCGCACACCCUUUUCCUGUCAAAUCUUUUCAAACGCCACGAAUGAAUAGACAAUGAUUUUCGCAUAGAAUUUCGUUGAGAUAACCAUCUACAAGCUAUAUGGCUCUUUCUUCUUCUGUCUCAAAGAACUAGUGAAAGAAGGUCUGCCGAACAAUAGUAAUCGUGCGCAUUGUUAUAAGAGAUAUAAAGUCGACGACUAUUUUGGCUAGUUAUAAAUAGUACUAAGGCGGUGCCAUUCGCAUUUCGUUCCCAACAGUCUUCAGAACCAAAUACGUGACUGCAAUGUCCAUAGCAGCCCUAUAACGAGCAGAAUAAGCACGUAUACUGAGUGAGAGGCACGAACGGGCGCAAACAGUCAUGUCUCUGACACCGCAAAUAACUAUCACGACUGCAAAGAUGCUCCGUGAUUUGGAACAUCCAUCAAUGCCCCAGCAGUUUCUCCUCGUAAUUCUUAUGUGCCUUUCUGCGAAGGUGCUUCGUAGAACUCACGACAGAGACUUCUCGGGUCAAGCGGGAAUAGUUGGGAUAAUCAUUUCAACGUGGGCGCUCUCGGUAUUAUUAUUUUGCAUGGCGAGUCUGCUCCGGCAUUAUGUUAUUGUAUAGGUACUCUAAU